CUUCCCACAUAAACGCACAGCCGCAAGCCCAAACCAACCCCACAAACCGCAAACCCGUAGCACCACCGCCCCCCAUCUCGAUCUCGCGGUUCCGUCUCCGCGUCCGAAGAUGCCGAAGAACAAAGGUAAGGGAGGCAAGAACCGGAAGCGGGGCAAGAACGAGGCCGACGACGACAAGCGCGAGCUGGUGUUCAAGGAGGACGGGCAGGAGUACGCGCAGGUCACCCGGAUGCUCGGCAACGGGCGGUGCGAGGCCAUCUGCGUCGACGGCACGCGCCGCCUCUGCCACAUCCGGGGCAAGAUGCACAAGAAGGUCUGGAUCGCGGCCGGGGACAUUGUCCUCGUCGGCCUCCGCGACUACCAGGAUGACAAGGCCGACGUCAUCCUCAAGUACAUGAACGACGAGGCCAGGCUGCUCAAGGCCUACGGGGAGCUCCCCGAGACGCUCAGGCUCAACGAGGGCGUUGACGUCGACGGGCCCGAGGGAGAGGACGGCGACAACGACUACAUCCAGUUCGAGGACGAGGACAUCGACAAGAUCUAAGCUUUCUUGCUUUUCCCAAUUACUUAAUAUGACUUCUAUCUUGUUCAACUCUAGUAUUAUGGUGCUGUGGUGGGCUGGCUGUGAUGGAUUGGUACUACUGCCAGCACAAUCCUGUGAUGCGAUGAGAUAUGGUUUGUAGGUCAGAGAUUGUUAAAUAAUCCCGGAUUAAUUUCGUUUCAAUCUAGUACAUGCUGUUAGAACGUUCUAUUCUGGUAAUGUUAUUAUUGUCGUCGAUUGUGUUC